AUGGAGAGUAGUUUCCAGGCUUUGCAGUGCGCGGAGUGCCCGCUGGUGACGUACGACAGGUACGCGUGCCUUCACCCGCUGGCAUCUUUUUCCGGUUAUAUUGAUGACACGGCGAUCGGCCUGCAUCACACCAAUGCGCAGCGUGUCGUCCAGCUUGCCGUUCAGGCUGGGCGUGACUUUCAGCAGGUGGCCAAGAGGCUGGGGUCUCGUAUCAAUGACAAAUUUGUCAUCGUUGCUUCCAGUGCUGCUAUUGGGCGAGAAGUUGCAAUGCAGUUGAAUGUGUCCGAGGAUGCGGCAGUCAGGCGCGCUGUCUCCUACCUAGGCGUCGAUUACUCUGCUGGUCGUGUUCGUCAGGCCCCAGGAGCUCGCGCCAAGCAGAGGGCUCGUCUGGCUCGGCACAAGAGGCGGAUGCGCAAGCUAUCCAAGCACAAGAAGGCGAUCCCUGUGAAGAAGGACCUUCGCCUUGGCAGGAUCUACCGCACUGGCGCGCGCCCUGCAUGCACGUGCGGAGUUGAAGUCAACGGCCUGACUGAUGCAGAGCUCGGCGACCUUCGCCGUGCGUACGGGCGACAGGUCAAACCUCACCACGGGGGUACGUCAGCCACAGCCAAGUUGGCGCUGGACGGGGACCCCGCCAUCCGACAGGCUAUCGCGCCAGUCAUUCAGUACUGUCGCAUGCUAUGGGAAGCUAUUACCCAUCCUGAGCGUGCGCUUGUAUCGCAGAAAGAUCUCUUGCUGUGGUGGGAUUAUGCUGUUACGUUCUUGGGCCGCCCUUUCAGCUGGGCUAAGUCACGUGGGCCACUGGAGCGAGCGGCUCUUUGUCUUGAGCGCGUCGGCUGGACGACGCACAGCGGUGCCCUCUGGCGUGAUCAUCUGGACCAAGAGGUGCGAGUUGACCAGCUCUCUCCAGCCGUAGUGGAGGACCUGCUCAGCGCGGCGAUGCAGCGGAUGCUUGAAUGUCAACUAGCUGACAAAUGGGAGUUGCCUGCGGGAGUUCGCGUCACGUUCGGCCUCAUUCAGGGCGCGGUCCGCGCGCGCACGGCCAAGUACAUUAAGUAUCAGAAGUUCCUCAUUCGUACUUGUGCACGUGAGGGUUUGUGGACACGACGGCGGGCACAAAAGCGUGGGUACGACGCCAGCGGCCUCUGCAGUUGCGGGCAGCCUGAUACUGCCCACCACAGGCUCGACUCCUGCACGCGAGCUGACGUAGUCGCGGCUCGUUCCGACAGCGGAGUCAGCCCGAUUUUCAUCCAGGAGGGUCAUGGAGUUGAAGGGGAUCUGCGCUACCGCCUGCUGCCACCGCUUGAUAGCGGCGCGACUGUCCACCUACCUGAUGCGGCUGGUCACGAAGCAGAUUGUGAGCCUGAGACCCGCUGCAACAUCAUCGACCCCAGCGCCCCGUCCGUGGAGAUUGCAGUGGAUGGUUCCUGCAGCGUGCCGCUUCUUGCAGCUGCUCGCCGCGCUGGCUGGGCCUUGGCGCUGUUGGACCCCAGCGGCAAUCCGCCGCUCCGUGUGAUGUACGGUGCAGUCCCUGGCUCCCUGCCGCAGCGUUCAGCCAUGGCGGAGCACUUGGCGCUGGCAUAUGUCGGGCAAGUGGUGGAUCGGCCGACAGACGUUUUCGUUGGCUACAUGGCUGCUGUGAUUGAG